AUGGUCAACAACGGCCAGUAUCGCCAGACAGCCGUACAAGACAGACCGAUUAUUAGAAAAAAAAUAAUUUAAAUCAAAAUGAAAAGUUUGUGUUUAUUUUUAUUAGCUGCGUUUCUUACAACUGAAGUGUUCGGAUUAAAUUUAAGAAAUAAGAGACAAGCUGAAACAAAUAACAACGACUUAGAAGAUAGAUAUGGAUUCAUGUUACCGUCGUGGUAUCCAACGCGAUUGCCACCCCAGUUGCCGAUGCCCGAUAGAAGGUUUCCUGGUCAACGACCUAAUUUCGGACAAUAUCCCGAUCCAGGAUUUUAUCCUGACCCAAGUCUAUACCCUGGUGUAGGAAUGUAUCCCUAUCCAGGAGGUUUUCCUAACCCAGGAAUGUUCCCAAAUCAACCACCUUAUCCCAACCCACAGUUUCCCGGUCAAGGACAGUUUCCAUUCCCUGGACAAAGACCUCUACCUGGCCAAAUUCCUUUCCCCGGACAAGUACCUCUCCCCGGACAAGUACCUCUCCCCGGACAAGUACCUCUACCCGGACAAGUUCCUCUCCCUGGACAAUUACCUCCUCCCGGACAAGGAACACCCAAUCCGGGACAACAGAUGACAACUCAAAACCCAAUCAAUGGGACCACAACGCCGCCGACCAGCGCCCCAAAUGUCGACGAUUGCAUUACCAACUGUCCCGUGACUGCGGAGUACAACCCUGUGUGCGGCACCAACAAUGUUACAUACCCUAACCCAGGCCGUUUGUACUGCGCUCAAGCUUGUGGAAUAAAUGUGAACUUAUUGCGGUCAUCGCCGUGUCCCGCCACGACAGUCGCUCCACCUACAUCGUGAUCUAGUCCUUUAUGUUACUUUGUAAAACUAUCUCGACUUAUUUACAUAUGAUAAUGCAAUUAAUGCAAUAAAAACUCGAAUUAAAACCA